GAACAGACACACUCCACACAACAUACUCCAUACAACAUACAGACUUCACACAUACACACUCCACACACAUACACACUCCACACAGAACAGACACACUCCACACAGAACGGUCGGAGGGUAUCGUGGUGUCUGGAGUGUUGGCAGCAGAGGCGAGCAGCUUCAGCAGCAGCAGCAGCUGUCUCAGCGGCGCGUCCGCUCGCCAUGGCGGAGGGUUCCCCGCGCGCCGCUCUCUUCGCCAGGAACGUGCACAAGCACUGGAAUCGUGCUCACGAGAAGGUUUUGCAAAGACUUGGCAAGGCCGACGAGACGAGGGACGAGCAGUUUGAGCAGCUGGCACAGAACUUUGCACAACAACAGACAGAGAGCAGCAGACUGACCAGGGAUCUCCGGGCUUACCUGGCCUCUAUCAAAGCUCUGCACGAAUCGAGCGGCCGUCUCUGGGAGUCGUUGCUGCUGCUGAGCGAGGAGGAUUGGCCCGAGAGGGAAACACUCAGCAGGAUCGCUGAGACCACGGAGCUGCUAUGGGAGGACUACCACCAGAAGCUCUGGGACCAGACCCUGCCCGCUCUGGAGACCCACCAGGCUCCCUUCGGCGACGUCAAGGCCAGGAUGUCGAAACGGGCGCGCAAGCUGGUGGAUGUCGACGGGGCCCGGCAUCACCUGCAGGCCCUGCAGGCCGGCAAGAAGCGCGACGAGGCCAAGAUAUCCAAGGCUGAGGAGGACUUGCAGAAGGCCCAGCGAGUCUUCGAGGAGAUCAACUCGGAGCUCCAGGACGAGCUGCCGGCGUUGUUUACCAGUCGUGUCAGUGUGUACGUGAACACUCUGCAAAGCAUGGCUGGUGUGGAAGAGAAUGUGUAUACAGAGCUGAGCAAGCUGAGUAAGCAGCUGUACGAGGUGAUGCACAAGGCGUGUCGUCAGCACCACGUGUCCCAAGUCAACACGCGCCCGCCUCGCCCUGCACCCUCAGGGGAAUCCAACAGGAGGUCUCAGGGAUCCCUGAAGGAAGCUCCGAGUCCUGGGGGGCAGACCCCCCCGCUGCGUCCCCAGCGGAACCCCUCUCACGGAGACGCGUCUACAGCACCCCCCAUGGGGACCCCCACAGGGACCCCCACAGGGACCCCCACAGAGACCCCCACACGGCCCCACACAAUGCCCCCUGCAGAGACUUCCACAGGGACCCCCACAGGGACCCCCGCAGGGACCCCCACACGGCCCCCCACACGGCCCCACACGAUGCCCCCUGCAGAGACACCCACAGGGACCCCCAUCGUGCCCCCUACAGAGACCCCCACAGAGACCCCCACAGGGACCCCCACAGGGACUCCCACACGGCCCCCCACACGGCCCCACACAAUGCCCCCCGCAGAGACCCCCACAGGGACCCCCAUCGUGCCCCCUACAGAGACCCCCACAGAGACCCCGACGGAGCCCCCCACGACGGAGCCCCCCACAGCCAUUCCCGUUCCUCGUCCAAGGUGGUCCACAUCAUCGACAGUCAUCCAGGGGGAUAAGAAGACCCCUCCAGCACGACCCCCGCCCAGGAGGUCCCUGGUGGUGCACGGCGCGGGCGACGCUGCCUGGGGGGGGGCGGCCAACGGGGAGGCCGCAGCCGCCGCCGCCGCCGCCGCCGCCGCCGCCGCUCACCCGCAGGGAGACGCGACCAGACCCAACGCGCCCAACGCCACGCACAACGGAGCGGAGAACGCAAACGCAGCAUCCGAGGAUGAAUGCAGAGGGCCGAAAUUGGCUUCCGCGGAUGUCUCUGGGGAAGAUGGAUCUGCUUCCACGGAUCUCUCUGGGGAAGUUAGACCUGCUUCCACGGAGUUCUCUGGGGAAGUUAGACCUGCUUCCACGGAUUUCUCUGGGGAAGUUAGACCUGCUUCCACGGAUGUCUCUGGGGAAGAUAUACCUGCUUCCACGGAUGUCUCUGGGGAAGUUAGACCUGCUUCCACGGAUUUCUCUGUCGUCACCCCCGCGGAUUCCGAGGAUUUGUCUGGAGAAACUAAAUCGGCUUCGGAGGAUGUCUCUAUCCAAGAUAAAUCUGCUUCCCAGGAUGUCUCUGGAGAACCUAAACCGCCUUCCGUGGAUGCUUCCGAAGCGACCGGUGCAACUUCAGAGCCCCGUGUCCCCAGUGCGGCUUCCGACGAUAUCCCGGGACGAGGCAGCGUGGCUAAAACAGCUGCCGAGGAUGUCCUCGGGCAAGACGUUGUGGCUCAAGUAGCUUCUGGGGAUUUCUCGAGGUUGGCCGGCACGGCUUCCGAGGGCGCGCCGAGCGCCGCGGCCCCCACUUCCGUGGCCGUCGCCGAGGCGGCUUCCGCGGAUUUCCAAGCGACGACGGUCGGGGUUCAAGAUGACGCCGCUCGGGACCCCGAUCAAGGGCAGCACAGAGGAGGGAGCGACAGAGACACGGGUGGAGGUGAUGGCGAUGUCACCAGCGAGAGCAAAGGAGAUGCCGCGAAUCUCAGCUUACCACCCGGAUAUCUUUUCAAGGUGUGCGCCAGCCACGACUACGAGGCCGCUGAUACGGACGAGCUGAGCUUCCUGGAGGGUGACGUCCUCCUGGUGCUCGACUACACGCACGGCCACGAGCAGGACGAUGGCUGGCUGCUGGGCAUGCGGGAGGCGGCCUGGACCCAGCAUCGAACCGUGCUCGGCCACUCCGGGGUCUUCCCACAAAACUUCACCACUCACAUUUUGCCCUGAGCCCAUCCACCUCCUUCCCCUGGGUCCCUCCCCCAUCUCCCCCUGCCUCUCUUCAUCUCCCCCUGUCUCUCUCCAUCUCCCCCUGUCUCUCUCCAUCUCGCCCUGUCUCUCUUCAUCUUCCCCUGUCUCUCUCCAUUUCCCUCCCCCCCUCCCCACCUCCCACGUCUCCCCCUUGUAUCUCCAUUCCUCUCUCCAUCCCCUCUCUCCCCUCUCCGCCUCUCCGUAUGCCUGAUGGUUUCUGUGUGGUGGUAGAGGUGGUGAUGGUGGUGGUGUUUGGAGCCAGUGCAUAAUUUCUCACCGAAUGUUACCCGGGCAGCUCGUUGGCUGGAGUAAGUGGCACGUGACUAGCAGCCAGGGGGAUGGUGAAUAUUGGAUGUCGUUGCGACGGGUGCGGAAAUAUUUUCCGCCUAAAUUGAAGCCCUGGUGGUGCAGCGCUUGGCACGCUGCGCGAAAAAAAAGCAGAACGCCCGAGUUCGAAUCCCGCCCUCGGACAAUAUUAGUCACGAGCGACGUCUCAACUUAUCCCCGGGCCUCCUGCAAGUCAAUUCCAGCCUUCAAUGAGCGCCUGGCCAGGCGUCUGGAACAUCAGCACCUGGGGAGACAAAGGCGGCCAGCAGCUAAUCCGCAGCGAUUCCGGUCACACCAUCGCCGCGCGCGCCAUGCUGGCAUUCGUUAUGUACAUGGGAGGCUGCAUGGGAGGGGAGUGCAGUAAUGGGGGGGGGGGGGGGAAUUAAAUGGUGGCCUGGGAUUAUACUCACGAAAUGUGAUUGUCAUGAAUGUGAUUGUCAGGUUAUAGUUUAAUGUAAAAUGUAUUGUUUUUUUUAAAUUUGUAUUUUAUGGGGAACGGCUGUGCUUGGUCGCGAAAACUGGAAAUAUGAAUAAUAAAUGCGCUCGCAAUGAAUAAGACGUCUUAUGGUGACAAUGAACCCUGGCAAAGUACUGUGGAAUUUCCACCAUUGGCUCAGGGUCACCGACAAAGCAGAAUGCUGCCCAAUGCCCACCCUAAACCUAAAUCCUCAGCUUAACCCAAAACCUAACCGUCCGUCUCACCCAAAUCCGAAUAGCAACGGUAAUCAUAACCCUAACUCUAAUAUUUACUUUAACCAUAAACCCUCAUUCUCUCUCUAAACAAUAUUCCCUAAUCAUAGCCAUUUCCCAAAUCAUAACUGCAGUCCUUACACAUAACCAUCUGCGCUAAUCACGUCUGUAAUUUAACCAUAAUUUAAACUCUCACCCAAAAACCCAACCCAAAUAACCCAAACCCUCGCUCUAACCCGAACCCUUGUACCAGCCCUGAUCAUCACAUGGUCCGAACCGUCACCCUCGCACGAACCCCCGUUCCCGCAUUAUCCCAAUCUUAACCCCUUGAUCCAACAACCCUAAAUCCACGCCGCUGGGUGGCGAAUGUGAAUUCGUGUUCGGCGACUCUUAUCCGCUUUGCCGCCAGGGGGCACAGCAGCAUAGAGGGAGGGAGGGGUUGGGUGGGGAGGGGGUGGUCUUUGCCCCCCCCACUACCCCAACACGCGGUGAGGCCCGGCUAUGAGUCUCAUCCUCCUCGUGUUCAGUGAUUCUGCUGAGCUAGCAACGCCUCAUUCCCUUGAGUUACUGACUACUGAUUAUAAAGGUGACGGUGGUGAUGACGAUGAUGACAAUAUGAGAACGAUGUCGUGGUGGCGACGACGAUGACGAUGACCAAUGUGGGAUCAUGAUGACAUGAUCGUGGUGAUGGUGAUCACAAAGAUGUCCAAUGUUAGAUGAUGACAUGAUCGUGGUGAUGACUAACAAGAUAGCAAUAAUGACAUGAGUAUAAUGAUCGUGAUGCUCAUGACGAUUACCAAUGUAAGAGAUGUUGAUUAUACAACUAACGAUUAACACGAUUGAUAGUAGUGAUGAUUAAUACGAGUGAUGAUGAUGAUGACGACCAAAGCGAUGGUGGUGGUGAUGAUUGGUGUGGUCGCGAGAGGUCAAUGUGAAGACGCCGAUCAGCGAUGGUGCCUCGGACUGCAGUGAACAUUUGGCGACUUCCACUCAAAACCUUAACAACAAAUGAACGUCAACAUUUUCUUGAAUUGUGAAAUGUUUUGAUUUGCGACGAACUCUUUCCAUCAGCAAUAAUAAUGAACAACCAUUUUAAUACAAAAAUUUUAUACAAAUAAUAAAACCAAGCGUCAA